AUGACUUCCUCAUACACCAAGGCGACCCCUCCGCCAUACGAAUACAGCUCCCUGGCCCCACCUGUUGGAGCUCUGCCUGCCAGGCGAACACAAUGUCGACAGCUCCGGAUCCGUCGCCGUCGCGGCAUGAAGCUCCUGGCCAUCUCCGGCUUGGCCUGUCUCGUCUUCCUCGUCUACGCUCAGUGGAACCAACUGACAGUCCUGCCUUCCUGGCGCCAGUCUCGUCUCGCCGCUGAUCGUCUUCAAGAGGACCUUCAAACGUGCACCAAGCUUCGACGAAAGCCUCAAGACCCAAUUGGCCUUGGGCGUACCAAAAAUGCACGCUAUGUUGACGGCCAAAAGCCCACCCUCAUACAGAAUGCGACAAUCUGGGUCGGUGAGCCUGUGGAGAGCGCCUCGCUCGAGGAUGCCCGCGCGGGCAAAGGCUAUUCGUGGACCAGUGGCGAUGUGUUUGUGCAGUUCGGACUGAUCCAAAAAGUCGACGCUCACAUCAGCCUCGAGUCUCUCCCUGGCGACACCCAGAUCUACGAUGCCAAGGGUCGCCAGCUGACGGCCGGCAUCAUUGACAUGCACUCGCACGUUGGCGUCAGCUCGCUGCCCGACCUAGCCGGUACCGAGGACACGAACGAGCUCUCCUCGGACAUCACCCCCUACGUCCGUUCUAUCGACGGCCUCAAUCCGCUCGAUCCGCAGUGGCAGGUCAUCAAAUCCGGCGGUGUCACCACCUCGCUGGUUCUGCCCGGCUCUGGCAACAACAUUGGCGGCGAGGCCUUCGUUUUCAAGCAUGCGAUUGGCGAAAAGGAUGGUCGCCAGGAGAUCUCUGCAGCCGAUAUGCUUGCCGACCCUGAUCGUAACUGGCGCUAUAUGAAGAUGGCCUGCGGCGAGAAUGCUAAGCGCGUGUACGGCAAGGUUGGGCGCGGGCCCUUCUCGCGCCUCGGCGAGAGCUGGGAGUUCCGUCACGCAUUCGAACAGGCUGCAGCCCUCGUGCGGAAGCAGGACGACUGGUGCGACCAGGCCGAAAGGUCCGGCAUUGACAGCCUAGACGACUACCUGCCGCGGGAUCUGCAUUGGGAGAGCUUGGGCGCUGUCCUUCGGGGUCAGGUUCACGUCAACACGCACUGCUACACGAUUCCUGACCUCGAGGCCUUCAUCGACCACACCAACGAGUUCAAGUUUCCGCUGCGGGCGUUUCACCAUGCCCAUCAGACCUUCUUGGUGCCUGAGAUUCUCAAGCGAGCUUGGGGAGGUCGCCCGCCCGCUUCCGCUCUCUUCGCUGACAACAUGUAUUACAAGACCGAAGCCUACGUGGGAUCAGAGUAUGCUGGCAAGAUUCUGUGGGAUAACGGUCUCACUCCAGUUUACGUCAGCGACAACCCCGUCAUCAACGCUCAGCACGUGCUGUUUGAGGCCGCGAAGGCAUACCGCUAUGGUCUCCCCUACCAUGUGGCGCUCGCUGGCGUCACGACAGCGUCGGCAGAGCUUCUUGGCCUGGGAGAACGGCUGGGCAAGAUCAAGCCAGGAUUCGACGCUGACAUUGUGGUCUGGGACAGUGAUCCGCUCAGCGUCGGAGCCGCGCCUGCGCAGGUCUGGAUCGACGGCUUCGCGCAGUUUGAGAACCCUGUCGAGCUCGACAAGCCUCUGAAGGGGCCAAUCGCCGCACCGCAUUCGAGCGUAGCUUUGAGCGGCGGCAUCUCGCAUCACAGAAAUAUUGUCUUUACUGGUGUCACCAAGAUUCUGCUCUCGGACGGCAAGAGUCGGACGACCUUGAACGGACCCGUCAACGUUGUCGUGUCCGAGGGCGAAAUCACCUGCACAGGUGAGUGUAGCAUGGAGGUCAGCGUUGCUCGCCAAGGGCCGUCGCACGAGUUCAUCGCCCUCGAGGACGGCCACCUCACGCACUCAUUCACAGCGUUCGGGUCGCAGAUCGGGCUGAACGCCAUAGAUUACGAGGGUAAUACGGCCAACGGAGAGAGCACCAAGUUUAGCCGCGGCGUCGACGGUUUGGCACUAGACACGAAGAAGCUGCGCGUGGCGCAUCAAUACGGCAUCACGCGGGCCGUCUCGGCGCCAACGUUCUCUGGGGGACUCACGCACCGGGGCACCAGUGUGGGAUUCGUCACGGACGCACAGCACGCGCUCGAGAAGGGUGCCGUUUGGUCGGAGGAUGCUGCUGUGCAUUACACUCUCACUCUUGACGUCAAGCAGGGCGAUACGCCCUCCAUCUCGACUGCAGUGGGCGCGCUGCGCAAGGACCUGCUAGAAGCAGUCUCGAACAACGACACAAUCUCCGACCGGCACUCGGAGCAGGCUUUCCUGAAGGGGGUGGUGGCAGGCGAAGUGCCUCUGGUGUUGACAGUGCACAGCGCGGACACGAUUUCUGCCGUGCUGCGACUCAAGGCCGAUGUUGAGGACGUCAUUGCCGCAUCGGAGUCGCUCUCGACAAAACUCCGCAUCGUCAUCCUGGGCGGAGCAGAGGCGCACCUUGUGGCCUCUGAGCUCGCAGCGGCCGACGUUGGCGUGGUGCUGGCGCCGUUCCAGUCCUACGCCACGUCGUGGGAUCAGCGACGUGCGCUCACGGGCGCGCCUCUGACGAACGGCACAGCGAUAGACGCGCUCAUUGAUGCGGGUGUCACGACGGCCAUCGGGCUGGAGGAGGACUGGCUCAUUCGCGACCUGGCGCUGCUUGCGGGCAUCGCCUACCACAACGGCGGUGGUCGCCUUUCGGAGAAGCAGGCGCUUGACCUCGUCUCGUCAAAUGUGUACAAGCUGCUAGGCGUCAAGGAACAGGCGGAAGACGAUAGGCAUUUCGUGGUGUUCGAGGGCAGCCCGUUGGACAUUGGCAGCCGUGUGCGUGCGGUUGGAAAUGGAAAGAAGGAGACUACAGUCAUGACAUGA